AUGUUCUUUCUGGUGGUGGUUUUGACGCAAGUGGAGACAGUCCGUGGUUCAGUCUACUCAUGGAGGAUGGAAGCUGAAUAUGGUGGACAUGAUCAGAUUGAUUUAUAUGAUGAUGUAAUUUCUCCAUCUGCGAAUAAUGGAGAUGCCCCAGAAGAUCGUGAUUACAUGGAUUCUCUUCCACCGUCUGUUGGGGAUGAUGUAGGUAAAGGAGCUGCACCAAAUGUUGUCUAUACAUAUACUGGAAAAAGAAUUGCCUUGUACAUUGGAAAUCUUACUUGGUGGACAACAGAUGAAGACUUAACUGAAGCAGUUCAUUCACUGGGGGUAAAUGAUAUUUUGGAGAUAAAAUUUUUUGAAAACCGUGCUAAUGGCCAGUCUAAAGGAUUUGCCCUUGUGGGUGUGGGAUCAGAAGCAUCCUCCAAAAAGUUGAUGGAUUUAUUGCCUAAAAGAGAAUUGCAUGGGCAAAAUCCUGUUGUGACUCCAUGUAAUAAACAAUUUCUGAGUCAGUUUGAAAUGCAGUCAAGGAAAACCACACAGUCUGGCCAGAUGUCUGGGGAAGGUAAAGCUGGUCCCCCAGGAGGGAGCUCACGAGCAGCAUUUCCACCUAGUAACAGAGGGCGAGGUCGUUUUCCAGGUGCCAUUCCAGGUGGAGACAGAUUCCCUGGACCAGCAGGGCCAGGAGGGCCACCACCACCUUUCCCAGCUGGACAAACUCCCCCACGUCCACCUUUAGGUCCUCCUGGCCCACCAGGCCCACCAGGCCCUCCACCUCCUGGUCAGGUCCUUCCACCUCCAUUAGCUGGACCUCCUAAUCGUGGUGACCGUCCACCACCACCAGUUCUGUUCCCAGGACAGCCUUUUGGUCAGCCUCCACUUGGGCCUCUUCCUCCAGGCCCUCCACCACCAGUUCCAGGCUACGGGCCACCACCAGGUCCACCACCACCUCAGCAGGGUCCACCUCCACCUCCGGGUCCAUUUCCCCCUCGUCCACCUGGCCCACUUGGGCCACCCCUGACUCUUGCUCCUCCUCCACAUCUCCCUGGGCCACCUCCAGGUGCUCCACCACCUGCACCACAUGUGAAUCCAGCUUUCUUCCCCCCACCUGCCAAUAGUGGCAUACCUACUUCAGACAGCCGUGGCCCACCUCCAACAGACCCAUAUGGCCGACCUCCACCAUAUGACAGAGGUGACUAUGGGCCACCUGGAAGAGAAAUGGAUGCUGCAAGGACACCUCUAAGUGAAGCAGAAUUUGAAGAAAUCAUGAAUAGAAAUAGGGCGAUCUCAAGCAGUGCCAUUUCAAGAGCUGUAUCAGAUGCCAGUGCUGGGGACUAUGGAAGUGCUAUAGAGACCUUGGUAACAGCAAUUUCCUUAAUUAAACAAUCCAAAGUGUCUGCAGAUGAUCGCUGUAAAGUACUUAUUAGCUCUCUUCAGGACUGCCUUCACGGAAUUGAGUCCAAGUCUUAUGGUUCUGGAUCCAGACGUGAGCGAUCCAGAGAGAGGGACCACAGUAGGUCACGAGAAAAAAGCAGGCGCCACAAGUCACGUAGUAGAGAUCGUCAUGAUGACUAUUAUCGGGAAAGAAGCCGUGAAAGAGAGAGGCAUCGUGAUCGUGACAGAGAUCGCGACAGAGAACGAGACAGAGAGAGAGAGUAUCGUCAUCGUUAAAGAAGCUGAAGGAAGAGGAACAGCAUGCAAGACAAGAUACAUUCUUCAAGGAAAGAUGCUUGUCCAGCAGUUUGCUUCAUGUGAUUGAACUGAGCCUGUAAGGAUUCAUGGAUAAAAUGAACAGGAAUAGAUCUGAAUAAAGCAAAUCUGCAUACAUGGUAACCAGUAGCUCUUUUACUUUUUUAUGUUGCUUAACUGUUUUAUUUGAGGGAAACCUGUGUGAUUUAAAACUUAUAGCUUUUGCAACUUUAUUACUGGUUAUAUACAUUUGGCAAUUAUAAUGUGCAAGCAAUUGGAAAGAGUCAAGUAAAUGCUUGUUUUUAUAGUAGUUUGUUCAUGUUAAACUGUUCAUAUGAUAAUGUCUGUACACAGCACCACUGAUUACAGUAGAUGUAGUGUUGUAAUAAACUGUUUAAUGGGGCUGAUGUGUAAAGCUGUUCAAGUUAUUUGAUGUUUACACCUCAGGGAAAGUCUUGUGUUCAGCAAUAUUUAAAGAUAAUGUUACAAUGAAAACAUUGAUGCUGUCUUUAAAAACAUCGCAAUAGUUCUUGCAUAUGCCUCAACCUAAUCUUACAUUCAGUGAGUUAAACAUACUAAUGUUGCUCUUUCACAUUCAAUUUUGAUAUGAAAAUAGGUGGUUACAUAAACCUUUAAUGCUAUUUUGCUUUCUAGCAGUGUUUAUCUAGGUGGCUUGUGAAUUUGCUAAUUGACAUAUAAAACUGUAAAAACUGCAGCUCUUUGUGGUCUGUAGUUUUGAGGACAGGUGGUGCCAGGCCCGUGUUUUUUAGCACACUGAAAAUUUUCUUGUAGAGCCUUGAUCCUGGUUGACACUACAGUUAAUGUAAACUUAAAUUGUUGGUAUGAAUUUAAACUAUCCAUAAUAAGGGGUAGAAAGGUUAAGCUUAAAAGACAAAACAAAACCCUGCAGUUGUUUACAGUUUUAUAGUGCUUGUGUGUGUUCCCUCUCCCAUCCCCAAGACCGUAGCAGUCUGUACAUAGUUGUAUAUUAGAAAUGUGCCAGAAGAAACCAGAUGUUUCCAUUUCUCAGACUUUAUGGGUUUGGUAUUUUUUUAAUAUUUCGGGAUUUAUUCACGUGCAUAUAAAAGAGAAGGUACACUUUAUGUCCUUGUUCAGCGAUGGGCAAUAUUCAAAUGUCUUAGCAAAAAGUGGCGCUAAUGAAAUCUGUCAGAUGAGGUUUUGUAAAUUUACCUAAAAACAAAUUAUAGGAGCUCAUAGUGAAAGCUGACCUGAAAUUUAAGAAUUUGUUCUAAAUUUCAUUAUGUGAAAUGUAAAUUAAUAGAAAGUUCAUAUAAGCUGCAAAAAUUUAGUUUUUGGCAGCCUUUCGCAAAUGCUCACUUUUAGUCUAUUGUAAAUUGUUAUGUGACAGGUUUAUUUUUGGAAUUCUUACUUAUUCAAAUAGUUGCACUUAAUGUUUUAAGUUAAGUUUCAAGACCUCAGAUGGCUUUAAGAGGCAACUCUUAGACAACUGUUGAUUUCUUUUUUUACCAAUUUUGAAGAUUUUACAGCCAACCUAAAAUGUUACCCUGUUCAGGAAAGCACUUAAAUCCAUUUGGUUUUCCAGAGCAUUUAAAGCAUGUGUUACAUUCCACUGAUUUCAAGGAAUGUAAACAUAUGCUUUAAGUACCUUAUUUGCAUACAUGAGUGGGUUUUAUGCUUUACUGAGUUGGGACCAGUCUGUGCAAAACUGGGAAAGUUUUGCAUAAGUUUGAAAUGCUCUAAUACUUUCACCUACCACUCAGCCAGGUUUCCUGCAGCCAGGUUGAUGCUGUUGGGCUUGGCUACAUACAUCUUCAGAUUCUCCCCCCCUCUCCCCCCUUUUUUUUUUUUCCUUAAAUUGUGUACCUCAGUUCUUCAUGCAUGGGAUCACUGGUGUUUAUUGAACUAUUUGCUACUGAGAAGAUAUUUGACAUGUUUGUUUAAUCCUGUUUGAAAAUGAAAACUGCCUUUUCAAAUUUUGUAAAACUGAAAGUUGUAUCAAACAAGUCAUGACUCAUUUCCUGCUUUUUUGUGAAUAGGUGUUGGUUACAAACAGUACUGUUGUAAUUUUUGUCUUUACUUAAAACCAUUGUUCACUGCUGUGUAUAAUAAGUUUAAGGAAGAAAUAACCUGCCUGUAGCUGUUACAUGGGGAAUAGCUAAUACUGGAGAGGCAGCAGGUAAGUAAUGUUCCAUUGCAUAGAUAUAUUAAAUCUUAAAAUAAAAAAGUAAAUUUACAAGCGUUAUAUGCAGGAACUGAUAUUUUACUCCACAUUGAAAUAGAUUUAAGGAGACUGUUGCUCUUUUUACACAGUGUAAUUUGUCACUCACAUAUAGAUUUCCAUUGCUGGCAAUGGAAAUAGCAGGGAGGGAAUAGCAGGGGGAAAGUAACGUAAGUUAAACUGAGCGAUCGUUGUGACUUGAGAGAUGAGGUCCCCAUAUGAAGCCCCUUAUUUCUGCCUGUUCUCUGGAUACUUAGUUUUAACUGAUAAAUGUACUGUUACAAUUUAGAUAGUACUCUGUUGUUAUUGUGAGUUUAAUUUUUAGAUUUUUUAAUGAAACAAAAAAAUGUACAUUAAAAAAAUUCCAAAGACCCUGAUAGACACCAAAAAGGAAUAUGCUUAAUGCACAUCAUGUAUAACUGGCUCUUGUAGAAUUUUUACCAGGUUUUGGUUUAUUAGACAUUACUGGCAAUUUCCUGUGCACAUUCAGGAAAUAGCAGUUUGGUAACUUACUGACUGGCGAUGAUGCCAUGAUGGCUACUGCUUUGUUCUUUGAUAUUCAUCCAGUUGUAUUUCACCUAUUUUUGCUGAUGAAAGGACAGAAUAGUCUGUGAGGAAAUACUUUUUCUUUCAAAUAUUGAUUUUAUAAGUCAUCUUAAAAAUAAAAUCUUAAGGCCAUGUCCUUUAUUUUGAAAGACAAAACCAACAAGUGACUUAGCAGGGGUGGUGCUUUAGUAACAGAAGUUGUUUUACUGGAGGUUUGUUUUUCAGAAGUAGAGGGUGGGGUUUUUUUUAAGUAAAAUUUCUGCUGGACUAUAUGUUUUAACAGGUUGAAAUUACUACUUCAGAAGAAUAUAGCAUUUUGGAAAAUGUACAGUCUUGGGUUUUUUCCUCAUUCCCUUUUUGCUUUCUGUGCCAAUAAUUUUAGUUCUGAUUACAUUUUGAGAAAUGUUUGUCAGAACUUCAAAUUUUUAUUUACAGGGUGGCUUAUAAGCUCGCAUAGCUGUUUUUUUUUUUUU